CCAACCUGUCUUACCUGUUUUGGUGGCCGCAAUUUGAGAGAUUUACUCGGAUGAUAUAUUUGCCUUUUUUUCUCUUUGUUUUGCAGCCUCUACAUUCCGGUGUCAAGAAGGCGUAGGUGCACGUGAAAGGCUCAAUAUUGGGUACCUGAUGUAUGCUUGUACUUGAUUUUUUUCUGCCUUGCGGCGAUUUUUGCUGAUUCAAGUAAGCUUACAAGAUUCAACUCAUCAUGUGUGACCCUAUGUCCGGACCUAUGGACCGAACCGUGAAAAUUGGACCUGAAAUUGAAUAUUCUGAGGAUGAAAGGAAGACAAAGCUCGGAUCCCUUAAGAAGGUGGCAAUCAGUGCCUCAUCUAAGUUCAGGCAUUCCUUUACCAAGAAAGGAAGGAGGCACAGCAGGGUCAUGUCUGUUUCGAUUGCGGACGAACUCGACACAGAAGAGUUGCAGGCAGUUGAUGCUUUUCGCCAAACACUUAUAUUGGAAGAGCUCUUACCUUCAAAGCAUGAUGAUCAUCACAUGAUGCUAAGAUUCUUGAGAGCAAGGAAGUUUGAUAUUGAGAAAACAAAACAAAUGUGGACAGAUAUGCUCAAGUGGAGGACGGAAUUUGGUGCUGACACUAUCAUGGAGGAUUUUGAAUUCAAGGAAAUAGAUGAAGUUCUGAAGUACUACCCACAUGGGCAUCAUGGAGUUGAUAAGGAAGGACGACCUGUUUAUAUUGAAAAACUGGGUCAAGUUGACUCAACCAAGUUGAUGCAAGUAACAACAAUGGAACGUUACCUCAAGUACCAUGUAAGAGAGUUUGAGAGGACCUUUAAUGUUAAGUUGCCAGCAUGUUCAAUCGCAGCUAAGAAGCACAUUGACCAAAGCACAACUAUUUUGGAUGUGCAAGGAGUGGGUCUUAAAAGUAUGAACAAAGCAGCAAGGGAUCUCCUCCAGAGGCUUCAGAAGAUUGAUGGUGACAACUAUCCUGAGUCCCUGAACCGUAUGUUUAUCAUCAAUGCUGGUUCUGGAUUUAGGCUCUUGUGGAAUACUGUUAAGUCAUUCCUAGACCCCAAGACCACUUCAAAAAUCCAUGUUCUAGGUAACAAAUACCAGAGCAAGUUGCUUGAAAUGAUUGAUGCCAGUGAACUUCCAGAGUUCUUGGGUGGCACUUGCACUUGUGCAGAUAAAGGUGGUUGUAUGCAUUCUGACAAGGGGCCAUGGAAUGAUCCAGAUAUCUUGAAGAUGGUUCAAAAUGGCGAGGGAAAAUGCAGCAGGAAAACCUUAUCCAUGAUUGAGGAGAAAACAAUCACAGAAGAUGGAACAGCAAAUCAAAAGGGGUUCAAAGAUGCAUUUCCACAAUCACACGACGUGCAAUGUUUAUCGCCAACAAUAAAGCAAUGCAGUGUGUAUCAGUAUGAUGCCUUUGUCCCAGUACUUGACAAGCCAGUUGAUUCAUCUUGGAAGAAAGUAGCACAAAAUGAUAAAUUUGCACUUUCUAAAGAUUGUUUCCCCAACAACAAUAACAAGAACGCUAAAGUGAUUAGCCAUCAACUUGUCGGAGGAAUCAUGACCCUUGUUAUGGGCAUUGUGACCAUUAUCCGCAUGGCAAGGAACAUGCCUAGGAGAAUCACUGAAGCAGCACUCUAUGGUGGCUCAGAAUGCUAUGCUGGUGGCAAUAUGAUGAAAGCGUGUAUUUCAAGCAAUGACUACAUGGCCAUGAUUAAGCGCAUGGCUGAACUAGAAGAGAGAGUCACUGUUCUCGCCGUUAGACCUGCCAUGCCACCAGAACAAGAGGAGUUGCUCAACAAUGCUCUGAACAGAGUCAGUACUGUGGAACAAGAGUUGGCUGCAACCAAAAAGGCACUUGAUGAUGCCCUUGCUCGCCAAGUAGAACUUCAAGACCAAAUUGACAAGAAGAAAAAGAAGAAGUUGUUCCGUUGGUAAGGUGAUGGUGUUCUUUGCUGCGUGUUCUCAAAUAUUUUGCAUCAAGUUAUGAAGUUUGAAGCUGUCCAUAUCAUCAGCCUCCUUGCAUUCAGCUAUCUGCUUUAUUCAGUAUUCGAUUGAAAACUUUCGUAUAAUAUAAAGUUUGCCAUUCCUUGACAAUUGUGUAUAUAUAUAUGUUGAAUAAAACUAGUCACUGUUUUGUUUAAGAAAAUUACAUUUUCUUGCUUUGGAGAUCAUUGGUCUCAAAUCCAUUGGGAGCAAGACUAAGUUUGCAUUAUGAUUGUGACCCUGCUUUGGCCCCUUCAUCUUCAAACUUAAUGGAAAGGAUGUUUUUAGAAGUU